AUGAAGGGGCAGGCUCAGGGACGGAAAACUUCUACCUACAGCCCCAUAACGGAGAGCCUGUACCUGAAGCUGAAGGACCCACUUGGGCCAUACGUCAAUUUAAGCAAUUCCCCUGCGUCAAGCGAAAAAAAAAAAAAACUCCACAAACGAAUAAGCUUUAGUAGCUUCUCAAAUACCACAUGUAGCGACAUCCAAAAGUUGAACAAUUAUCUGCCCAUAGAAAAUAAUAUCGUCUUGUUGUCUCUGGGAAAUUAUUCCUUCAAAGUUGGACUGAUAAAUAAGUACGACUACAAAUUGGAAAGCUUGAGGGUACCCCAAGUGGAAGUUAUUGAACCAUGGAAGGAACUGGGCUAUUCACAUCCUCCAUAUAAAAACUACGACAUCAUAGAAGAGUGCCUUUUCCACUGCUUCAGCAAUUUUUACAAAAUAAAUUUAAAAGACAAGGAUUUGUUCAUUCCCUUUUCUAGUAUAAAUGAUACGAAUGAUUUUUCCACCCUCGGGGAUAUUCUAUUUGACACAUUCCAAGUGCAGAGUGUAACAUUUAGGGAGCCUUCCUUUCUCUCUUCCCUCAUCAUUUUGCAAAAUAUGGCAAAGGAAAGGCAGGAGAUGCAACAGGGGCGUGAUGUUCUACUUUAUAAAGAUGAUCAGAAGGAUUCAUCUACUAAUUGCGACUAUGGCGCCGAUGAAAGCGUCGGAACGGGAGGAGAAAAAGACAAAGGGGUACUUCACGUACCGAGGGGAAAAAUAGUAGGGGGGGAACCCUACCCGCAGGAGUGCCUUUCAAAUUUACACGAUUUAAACUUGUACAAUUUUACAGCUAUCCUAGUAAAUGUGGGAAGUACUAAGACGACCUGCACACCUGUGAUAAAUGGAAUCCCAUUGCCCGAUCUGACAAGCACCUACCACAUUGGGGGGUACGACAUAGACAAUCAAAUUUUCGACGAAAUGAAAAAGAAUAAAAAUUACCAAAAGGAUAUAUCAAUGGAGGCUGCAAAAAUUGCAAAGGAGAAAAGGGUAUUCACUCCAAAAAGUAAAGAAGACUGUGGUUAUCUUUCUCUACUUUACAAUCAAACUCCAAAAAAUUAUUUAGUUAGCCCAUUCCAGUUACACUUUAAUAAAAUCUCCUCCUCAGCUGUAACUUCCACUGAAAUAUUUUUCUCUCCAUGUCGUUUGGGAAAUUACUUAAAAACGGAAUCGUACAAACAGCUACAUAUGUACCAUGUAGACAGGGGGUUUCUUUUGAGUGGGUCUCCCUCUUGGAUUCCCAACUCCACUAUAAGGGAGUCCUCCCCCAGUUGGAAAGGAAGUCUAAGCUCCACCCUCACAGAGAACACCCUCCCCUGUGUAAUUUACGACACCAUUCAAAGGUGCCCCAUCGAUACUAGGAAGGAACUCUUUGAAAAUAUUUACCUCACGGGGGGAUCCAGCAUCAUCAGAGGUUUUCGUGAAAGAUUACAAAAUGAAUUGUAUGACUUUGUAAAAAGGAAAAAUUUUUACAGCAACGUUUGUAUCAAUGUACAUUCUGUGCGGAGAAGGAUGCUGCAAAAAUAUGCCAUCUACUCGGGGGCUCACCUAUUUUUGGAGAUGUUCGAUUAUCAAAAUUAUCAAAUCACACGGGCAGACUAUCUGGAGUGUGGGGACAGUAUCCUGGAGCGUCUGAGUUUGCAAGGAAAGCUUCUCUUCUAG